UCCCUUGGUCGUAAUUAGUGCUGCCCAAUUCCGGCUUUCGCGUGGUGGUGAGGUUUAGGGAAGCGUGCCCUCCAAUGUCUUAUUUACUGAGUUUAGAUUGUCAACAUUCAUCCUUGACGCGUCGUACCCUAAACCAUACUGCAUAUUUGAGUCUUCAAUUCAGUGAAAUAUCAAAUAAUGGAUGAUUUCGAGCCAACUCAGCUAACGCAGCCUACACAACCGGCGACUGAACGUGCUCAGGAAAGUGCUAGCCAGUCAGGGAAUGUUUUUCUACGGCUUAUAAUGACGAAAAUGGCAGAUGGUGUUCCAGAAGUAAUCAAUCUCACAAAAGACAUUCACAACGGCGUAUGGAGAUUUGGACGGCAUCGAUCUUGCGAGGUGGUUCUGAAAGGGCCACGAAUUAGUAACUUUCACUUUGAAAUCUAUCAGUCACAUUCUAGCAGCGAUAAAGAUGCUGAACAGACUGUGUUUUUACAUGAUCACAGUUCUAACGGAACAUUUAUUAACCUCGAGCGACUUCCCAGAAAUGGCAGAAGUAUAUUGUUUUCAGGUGAUGAAAUUCGUGUUGGAUUAGGCAUUCCGCGAGAUGAAAUUCGAUUCCUUGUGCAAUUCCCAGUCAAUAGACGUUUUCCGCACAAGCAGCAGCAAAUUUUACGUUCCAAAAAGCAUCGCUACGAAGUUAUUAAAACUUUGGGAACGGGAUCCUUUGCGGUCGUGAAACUUGCUGUGGAAAUGUCGUCGGGGAAUUAUGUUGCUAUCAAAAUUUUAAAUAAACGAAAGCUUAUGGCUGCAGGAAGCCAUAAAAAAGUGACCGAAAUGUUUAAAAGGGAAAUUGAGAUUCUGAUGUCGAUUAAGCAUCCCGGUGUUGUUCGCUGUUUAGAAGUAUUUGAGAAUAACGAGGAGCUCAACAUCGUGAUGGAGUAUGUUGAAGGUGGAGACUUGAUGGACUUUUUAAUGGCAAAUGGAUCUAUUGAUGAAGAAGCAAGUAAACCGCUAGUAAAGCAGCUGUUGUCAACCUUGAUAUAUCUGCAUGAGCACGGAAUCACACACCGUGACAUUAAACCCGAGAAUGUUUUAAUCACUAAAGAUUUUGACCUUAAAAUAUCCGAUUUCGGUUUGGCCAAAGCUGUCCAAAAUCAUGAUACCUUCUUAAAGACAUUCUGUGGAACCAUGGGCUAUUUGGCACCAGAGGUCCUCCGCGCCAAACAUCAUGAAAGCAAUGAAAAUGCAUACGAUGAGAAAGUCGAUGUCUGGAGUCUUGGAUGUUUAAUAUAUGUUAUGUUGUCUGCAUCAAUACCUUUUACUGCCGAUACCCAAGAGGAAGCAGUGAACUUAAUCUUAACCGGUCAGUUUCCCAUGGAGCCUUUACGUGAAAUGGAGAUUUCUGAUGAGGCUAUAGAUUUAAUUUCAAAAAUGUUGAGAGUGGACCCGAAGGAGCGGAUCAGUGAAAAAGAAGCACUUUUACACCCGUGGUUAGUGCUCGACGAUUACGAGCGUCCUUCUAGUCCUGAAUUGGAUUCACAAACGGAGGCUGCAUUCACGUCAGAGCCUAUUGAGCAAAAAUAGGUUUACCGUUAACAGUGUACUAUUUUUGAUGCAUUUGUUUUAUCUAUCAUUUAGACACGCCCAUCUCUAAAAUGUAGAUCAUGGUUAUAAUAUUAAUAUUUAUUCAUUUUUCUGCUG